AUGGAGUAUUACGACGAACGUCAGGAAGCCAUUAAGAACGAGAACAGACGAGCAAGCAUCAUGAUGGACCGGCAGAUGCAGCAUGGGGUAGUAGUAAACCAGCCUCGUCAGUCCAUCGUGUCCAUGUCCAGCACGGGUACUGCCCAGCCCCCCGGGGGUGGCGGCGGUAUGGGCAUGAUGGGAGCGAUGAUGGGCGGGGGUGGAGCAGGAGGCGGCGACCCCAUGAUGGAUAUGAUGAGACUCAUUAGGGCCAAGAAGGUAGGACAACGACUCCGCCGAAAAUCCGUCAAUCCUAAGCUUGACCCUCCUCCCGGACUAGAAGGGAUCAACGACAAAGGAUUUGUGUAUGUUCGGCAACAGCUGGACAUGGACCUCAAAGGCGGAUGUGGAUCCUCCAAUACCUACAAGAUAUGGGACGAGGCAGAGGACGAGCUUUUCUACGUUAUUGAAGCUUCGAGUUGUUGCUGUCGAUGGUGUUGUGGUCCCCAGCGUCAGUUUAAACUGGACUUCUAUACACCGAACGACGACCUCGUCUUUACUUUACACCGGAAGUCGUGUCGCUGUGACUGCUGCUGCUGUUUCGACUGCAUGUUUUGCAACAACAAAGUCUACGUCGUGGACUGCCUCAAUCGGACGCUUGGCUCCAUAAAACAACAGUACAGUUUAUGUGGCAGCAAGUUUGAUAUCCUGGACAGCGAAGGCGCCUUAGUGGCAAAGAUAUUGGGCCCCUCUUGUUCCUGUCGGUGUGCCGCCGAGUCCACUCUAGAGAUCAUUGACAAGACCGGCGAGGAGAUUCUCGGCCACAUCAACAAGAAGUGGGAAGGCAACAGGGACGAUGGCAUCAAUAUGGAUCACGAGUACUUCGAUAUCCACUUUCCGGAAAAGAUGGACCCAAUAGAGAAAAUGCUUAUAGUCGGAGGGGCCUUUCUCAUGGAUUACAUGUAUUUUGAAAUGUCCUGA